AUGACUGUUACGCCUCAUUUUCAUCAGCUUUGCUCAAGUGAUUUUGUCCGAGAUGAUCGCUGGUUACUCUAUUUUCAAACACAGGCAUCAGUGAAUACGACAAACACUUUCACUUUUUAUGCCGGCGAUUUUCGCGGAGGUGCCGGUUCUAGUCUAUUUUAUCUGAUACAAACGCUAUGUGAAACAGCCAAAACAACUGUUAUCAAUGCCGCAGCUGUCUUCAGCGCUACAAAACUGGAGGCGCCAAUCGAUCCACGUGGAGCCAAUACUACAGCACUUAACCCAGAUUUGCCUAGUCGAUUUUUGCCUAAUUCCACAUUUGAACCACUAGUAUCGAACAUGUUUAUCGAAAACUGGACAUUAUCCGAUAAUUACAGCACCUACUAUACAAUCUGCAACCCUGAUAGCUGCACAUACACAUACGAUCAACGAUAUGCUCUUGUUGCUGCUAUUACAGUUCUCAUUGAACAAUGGUGGAGUUUUCUCUGGGGAAUAGAUGCUGUGAGCAAUUUUCGCGAUCUUCAACUUCUUAGCAUACAGUUUCGUGUUCUUGCAUCAUUAUGUUCAUUAGCACAACAAUCUAUCGACAAUGAUGCAAGUGAAUUUCUUAGCAAUAAAUUAGUUACUAUAGAAGCAAUGUCAUUCAGUUCAUUUCAAGCACAAAUUGAUUCGCUUACAGCCACAUUUAUUGUUCAAACACCAAAUAAAUUUCGCCGUAUUCAAUCGUUCAUUUAUGAAAUAUUUCGCGCGAAUCAGCUGCUGGUUGUACCUGAAACAAAUUGGCAAUUAGCUUUCACAACUGCGGCAGACAACUACGUUGUUGCCACUGUCCCACGUGUUUCAUUUGGAACUAAUUAUUCAUGCAUUACAUCACUAAGCCGCUUCUCACGACCAUUGUAUAUCGAUGCCAAUUAUAAUACAACAGUACUACCUGGAGUGGUGGCAGGUUGUUUACCAAUUGAUGGUAUUCGUCUAUCUACUCUAGAAUGUUUCUUUGAUCCAAACUGUAUUUUCAAUUUGGCAAGUAUUGCAUCGACACGCACUACUACUAUUUGGAUUGCCAGACCGCUCAGUGCUUCAAUACCUAGUAUUUAUCCUUCCAAUACCCCCAUAAGUAACCUCGUUGAUAGCUUAUUCGUGGAAGAUUGGGGAAUUAAAAGUAAUUAUUCAAGCUACUUCGCAUCGUGUGCUCCGAAUUCAUGUUCAUACAAAUAUAUUGAUCACAACACAAUACUCUACAUAAUCACCACUGUGCUUGGAUUGUAUGGUGGAUUGACGGUGGCUCUUAAUUUUAUUGUCUGGCGUGGAUGGCGUAUGUGUCAAAAAAUUCUGAGAUCGAUGGAAAUCGCUCCUUAUCCACCAUCAACACGAGUAGUUCCUUCUCAGCCAAUCAUACAUAUCGAAGGAACACUAAAUCAUGACUUUUAA